UGUGGUGUACUUGUUAGCUUAAUCUAUAUCACCUAUGCGACCUAUUUCGAGCUUCUUACCCCGAAACAUUAUCUUCUGUUAACGCCAACAGACCAUGGUGAUGAGAUACUUGACAAUUGUGCCCAGAAUGUUGACCUUAAUUUUGAACUAUUCAAUUGUCAAGCAACCGUUCAUGUUCGUGAACUUGAUUGGAUGAGUUCCUGGCCUCCUAAAAUAUUCCUAGAAGAAUCCACUAAUUUCAACAGGUAUUCUUGGACCGCCUCCGAAGUUGAAGAAGCCCAGGAAGCUUCAUUGCUUGUAGCCGCAGAUGUAAUCUACAGUGAUGACCUCACAGAUGCAUUUUUCAGUACUAUAGAGAGCUUAAUGUGCCUUGGUUCAGAAAAGGUGUUAUACUUGGCAUUGGAAAAGCGCUACAACUUCAGCCUCGACGAUCUUGAUGUCAUUGCAAAUGGUUAUUUGCAUUUCCGAAGCUAUCUGCGAGAUGAGGAAGUUGCAGAGUGUGAAGGCGCUGAAGUCUGCUCAACACCUUGCUUUGUGGGCAAGCGCAUUGACAUCACACAGAUUCCUCAAUAUGCGAGAGAGUAUGACAGAGGAAGCAAUGUGGAGAUUUGGAAGAUCAAGUACAACAGAAGAAGAUCUUGAACUAAGGUUCCUACUUUCUACCUAUGACAACAGGAUAUCCCAAGUUAUUAGACAAUUCUUCUGCUUUGUAAAGGUGCAUAAGAUUUUGUUGUUUCCAGCUUGAAGGAUGAUCAUGAAACUAUUAGGCUGGAAAGUGGGCUUGGUUAAUGGGCCCAUUUACAAGUUUCUGCAGUCCACAAAUGCCCUUAGCCCAUGCUGAAUUUUUCACCCAUAUCAAGUCUGAAACUUGGG